CUUCUUCAGUCUUUUCCAUUCUCUCUCUCGUAGCAUCUUCCCUCCACACUAGACAUCGACCCAAGAACCGAGGAAAAAGAGGUUAAUAUGAAGCGACAACCUUCCUUUAUUUCCUUCAACUGUAAUUUAAAGUGAACUGGGAAGCCUGAGAAAAUAGUCGUGUGUUCGUGUGUGUGUUUUUUACUUGCGUUACUCCCCUCGAAGAAUAUUCACAAACUCUACUAGGACCCAAGACUGAAGGAAAGUGGUUCAUAUGGAGCAACAGUCUUUAUUUAUCUCCCUCAACUGUGGCUUAAAGUGAUCCUUGAAGCCUUUGGAGUGCAUGUGUUUGUGUUUCUUUUCUUCACUUCGCUACAACAAUCUUUCCAUACACAACUACGAGAGAGGGACUUCCAUGGAGCCUUCAUCGCCCUCUCUCCCUCCACUGUGACCUAAAAUGAACUGGGAAGCCACAUGAGUUAACCGCGCGUGUGUCCGUGUGUCUGCGCGAGUGUCUGUGUGUCCGGCAGCAUGGCACGCCUCCCCCCUGGCACCCCCACGCUGCUCUGGCCUGCCCUCCUGCUCGUCACCGCCGCCCACCUGUUCCUGCUGCUUCUACCUGGCGUCACGGCCCUCCCACCUGUCAUUAGGAUAGGCGCCAUGUUCACGGCGGACCAGCGGGACGGGCCCACGGAGCUGGCCUUCAAGUACGCCGUGUACCGCAUCAACAAGGACGCCACGCUGCUGCCCAACACCACGCUGGUCUACGAUAUCCAGUACGUGCCGCGCGAUGACUCCUUCCACGCCUCCAAGAAAGCAUGCGAGCAAAUCUAUUUCGGCGUGCAGGCAGUGUUCGGCCCCUCAGACCCGCUACUAGGCUCGCACAUCCAGUCUAUCUGCGACGCCCUGGACAUCCCGCACCUGGAGGCUCGUCUGGACCUGGAGCCGGAGUUUAAGGAGUUUUCGAUCAACCUCCACCCGAGCCACGAGGUCCUCAACAGAGCCUUCCAGGACGUCAUGACCUUUCUGAACUGGACUGAAGUGGCUAUUAUCUACGAGGAGGACCUGGGCCUCAUCAAGCUUCAGGAGCUGGUCAAGUCGCCGCCGAGGGAGCACAUGGAGUUCAUGAUCCGCCAGGGCACGCCGGAGAACUACCGCGACUUGCUGAAGGAGGUGAAGCAGAAGGAGAUUUUCAACAUCAUCGUGGACACCAAACCAGAGAACAUGAACCACUUCCUGCGUGGGAUCCUGCAGCUCCAGAUGAACGACUUCAAGUACCACUACCUCUUCACCACCUUCGACAUCGAAACGUUUGACCUCGAGGACUUCAAAUACAACUUCGUGAACAUGACGGCCUUCAGACUGGUGGACUCGGAGCACUACCGCGUCAGGAGGGUGCUCAAGGACAUGGAGAAAUUUCAGCCCAUUGGCCACAACAUCCUGAACCAGAGCCGCGUCAUACAGGUCGAGCCCGCCCUAAUCUACGACAGCGUGCACGUGUUCGCUUUGGGUCUGCAGGCGCUGGAGCGAUCGACGACCCUCAAAGUGUCCAACCUCUCCUGCGACCACGAGCUGCCUUGGGGUGACGGCUCCUCGCUCUUCAACUACAUCAAUUCGGUUGAGUUCAGAGGCAUCACGGGACCCAUACAGUUCAAGGAGGGACGACGAACCAACUUCAAACUCGAUAUUCUGAAACUGAAACAACAUUCCCUAGUGAAGGUCGGGGAGUGGGGUCCAGGGGCGGGGGUCAACAUCACGGACAGGGCAGCCUUUUAUGACCCCGGGACCAUGAACGUGACCCUUCUAGUGACUACAAACCUGGACAACCCCUUUAUGAUGAUGCGUCCCGGUAAGAACUUCACGGGUAACCAACGUUUCUACGGCUUCUGCGUGGACCUGCUGCACGAGAUCUCGGUACACGCGGGUUUCGACUACAUCAUCGAGAUCUCUCCCGAGGGCGUGUACGGGGCGCCCAACCCAGUCACCGGCGAGUGGAACGGCAUUGUCAAGCAGCUCAUGUCCGGGAAAGCAGACCUGGCCAUCGGUUCCAUGACCAUCAACUACGCGCGCGAGAACGUCAUCGACUUCACCAAACCCUUCAUGAACGUGGGUAUCGGCAUCCUGUUCAAGGUCCCCACGAGCCAGCAAACCCGCCUCUUCUCCUUCAUGAACCCGCUGGCCAUCGAGAUCUGGCUGUACGUGUUGGCCGCCUACGUGCUCGUCUCCAUCACCAUGUUCAUCGUGGCACGCUUCUCCCCCUACGAGUGGUACAACCCUCACCCGUGCUCACAGGAGAACGACGUCGUGGAGAACCAGUUUUCCUUAUCCAACAGCUUUUGGUUCACGAUUGGGACGCUUAUGCAGCAAGGCUCUGAUUUGAACCCCAAGGCCUGUUCAACGCGGAUCGUGGGCGGCAUCUGGUGGUUCUUCACGCUCAUCAUCAUCUCCUCCUACACCGCCAACCUCGCUGCCUUCCUCACCGUCGAGAGAAUGAUCACGCCCAUAGACGACGUGGAGGACCUGGCCAGUCAGACGGAGAUAGCCUACGGAACCCAGGCGUCCGGAUCCACCAUGACAUUCUUCCAGGACUCCAAGAUCGAAACCUAUCAGAAAAUGUGGCGUUUCAUGGAGAACAAGAAGCCGAGCGUGUUCGUGCCUUCCUACGACGAGGGAGUGCGGCGCGUGCUGGAGGGCAACUACGCCUUCCUCAUGGAGUCCUCAAUGCUCGACUACUACGUGCAGAGGAACUGUAACCUCACGCAAAUCGGCGGGCUGCUGGAUUCGAAGAGCUACGGGAUUGCGACGCCGAUGGGCUCUCCGUGGCGGGACAAGAUCUCGCUGGCUAUCUUGGAGCUGCAGGAGAAGGGGGUCAUUCAGAUGCUCUAUAACCGCUGGUGGAAGAACACAGGCAACACGUGCAACAGGGAGGACAGCAACAAGGAGAACAAGGCCUCGGCUCUGGGCGUGGACAACAUAGGUGGAGUGUUUGUGGUGCUCCUCUGUGGACUCGCCUUCGCCGUGCUUAUCGCCAUUCUCGAGUUUUGUUGGAACGCCAAGAAGAACGCACAGAACGAUAGGGCUUGCAGUAUGCACAUGGGCGAGAGGCCGUUCAAACAGUCCCUGUGUGCCGAGAUGGCUGAGGAGCUUUGUUUCGCCAUGCGCUGUCGGGGCUCACGGCAGCGUCCAGCCCUGAAGAGGCACUGCACUCGCUGCGUCCCCGGCGUCACCUACGUUCCGGCAGGGCUUGAGGUGCCGCAGAUCAACGGUAACGGAGUAGGUGGAUCCGGUCUCUCGUGCGGAGACUGGCCAGACCGAGGUGGAGACUGGCCAGACCGAGGUGGAGACUGACCUUCAGCCCCGAAGAAGAAGCUCCAUCAAGGCGUCUCUCCCUCGCCUGAUCCCUCCAGAACUCAAACUCUCCUCCUUCAGUCUCAAGACCUGAGUACUCCUGUAGGUGAGCGCCCCGCCCAGCCCCGCCAGGAGAGGGAGUCAAGCCAGCCCACUCAGGGGUGUAGCAGGGACCACGGGGUAGCCAAAGCCUCACCCCAGCAGGAGGGAGGAAGCCCUAACCCCCCUCAGGUUACGCCCAAGCCUAGCCCAAAGCCACAGCGGGAGGGGGAGGGUCCUCAGCACCACCACCGACAGGAGAGGGAGGAGUCCAUCGCCUACCUAUAUAACCUACACCAUCCAGAGUGUCUGCUCAAUACAAUGUGCUGAGAGGAAGGGGGCGGGGUGAGGGAGGAGGACAAGGCAGCAGGGAGGGAAUAAGGGAAGCAGGAAAAAGGGGAGGGGAAGGAGUGAGGGAGACAAGGCAGUGGGGAGGGUAUAUGAGAAGCAGGAAAAAGGAGAGACAAGGAAAAGAAGAAGUGAAGCAGGAAAAGAGAUGGAAAGGAAAGAACAUAUAAAGCAGGAGAGAGAUAAAACAGAAAGGAAAAUACAUAUGAAUCAGGAGAAAAUGGGAAGAGGAAGAGAAAAAGCACAUCAAGCAGGAGGUAAGAGAGGAGAAAGAACGGAAAGAACACUUGAAAGAGGAGAAAGAACAGCAUACAGAUGAAAAGGCUACUGAAGAUGAACACAACAAACCAUGUGCUGAAGGGAAGGGGAUGGGAACAAUGAACAAACAGAACAGCAAUGGGAACGAACACACAAACUAAGAGGAGAAAUGGAAGGAUACGAGGCAUUUGGCUAUGACGAUCCAGUGAGUGUGAGCUGCCUGGUGGUGGUGUUGGGUAAAAGGGUAUUUGCUACGUAUAUAACAUUGUGUAAUACUGAUAAUAAUGGUGAUGUGUGUGUGUAAAUGCUUGUGUACGUGUGUGUGUGUGUGUGUGUGUGUGUGUGUGUGUGUGUGUGUGUGUGUGUGUGUGUGUGUGUGUGUGUGUGUGUGUGUAAUGCUUCUUCUCUCAAAGCAACAGAGGAAAAUUGAUUUGUAAUUGUCGAUGUGAAGAGGAAAAUGCAUGAGUGACCCCCAACAACCUCAAGUGGAUCACCAGUGCCUGUCAUGAUACCAGGAAAAUGCUAGGGCCUAUUUGCAUGUGUGUGUGUGUGUGUGUGUGUGUGUGUGUGUGUGUGUGUGCCAGUUUACACACAUGUGGGAAGAGAGAGAGUGUGUGUAAUUAUAUGUAAAUAAUCACAAAUAAAUGUCAUUGUUUAC